UUCUCCUCCCCACAAAGCUUCGUCCAUUUCCGAGAUCAGCCGAACAUCCACGAGGACGAAUUCGCGCUUGCGCCUUCCACUCGAACGUUACUCGAGGACAUAUUUUUCGAUUUUGUACUAUUUCGAGGCUUCGACUCCUUCGAUCGAUAACGUACCGACUUGCCAAUUCACAUUUUAUCUUCAUUUUUUUGUUCAAUCUUUUUCAUUAAAAUACAGGUACAUUAGUUAUUGUAUUAUUAGCAAAUUAUUCGUGCUCUUUCCGAUUGUAAAUUUCCUCCGGUAGAUGUCAGUAUUUUCAAGAAAACGCCUCUUCAUUUCUUAUCAAUCGAUAACGUUCUUCGAUAACGACACCUCGACGAGUCCUCUUCGAGACAAGAUGUUGUAUCGUCGAAUAUUAAAAACAUGUUUUCUCAUGAUCAACAAAAGCACGACAAUGAGUAUUGCGCGCACCGGGAACAACGUUGCGAUGAAUCGUGCUUUUACUAGCAAUUCCUCUACGAAUUCCUCUAAGAAUUGUUCGACCAUUAGGGAGAUCGUUGAAAAAUGGAGUCACCGGUUUGAGAGCGAGGCCAUACCAGAACCCGUUGAAUCGAUCGAGCACAUCGUCGCGCACGUCGUAGCUUUAAAAAAGCUUCUAGAUGUCACAAAUUUUCAAGAUAAACGACUUACGGAAGAUCAAUUGAAGGAGUUAGAGUCACUUUGCGAAUGCAGAUUGUCCAGGAUGCCGGUUCAGUAUAUAAUUGGUGAAUGGGACUUUAGAGAUAUUACCUUGAAAUUAGUUCCCCCCGUUUUUAUUCCACGCCCGGAAACGGAAAUAAUAGUGGAUAUUAUUUUGAAAAGGCUGAGUUAUUUGCAAGAAGCUCAUCAUGAAAUUCUUGAAAUCGGUUGUGGUUCUGGCGCGAUAUCACUAGCAUUGGCACACUCCUCCGACAAGGUUAAAUGUAUAGCAGUCGAUAAUAAUCCGCAUGCUUGCGAUUUAACAAAACAAAAUUGCAGCAAGCUUGGCUUGCGAGAAAGAGUGACCGUAAUGCAGGCAACAUUGGAAGAAGAUGGAACAUUAACAUCAUCUGACAGUACAAAUUUACAAGAUAGAAGUUUCUCUUUUAUCGUUAGUAAUCCGCCGUAUGUGCCAACCAAGGAUAUAUUAAGAUUAGAGCCAGAAAUUAAAAUUUACGAGGAUUUAAGGGCUUUAGAUGGUGGAAUAGAUGGACUGAAGAUUAUCAAGCCUCUUAUACAGUACAGUGCCAAGGCAUUGAAGCCAGGAGGUCGUCUCUUUAUCGAAGUAGAUCCAGUACAUCCCGAAUAUAUAAGUUUCUUCGUGAAAAAAUACGAUACUCUAAAGCUGCAUUACGAGCAUACUUAUAAAGACUUUUGCAAUAACGAUCGAUUCGUCGAAAUAUCUAAGAUUGUGUAAAAAUACGUUAUUCGUUCUGAUAUUCGUUUAAACGGAGAAACACUUUACUCGUUAUAUACGCCAUGUUUUAUAAUUUUAUCCAUGAUAUCAAACAUUGUUAGGUAUUAUCGUAUUUAAAUACAAUCAACAAAGUCUUAUUACUCGUUGAUCAAAUUCUAUGAUAUUUUAAUCGUAAAACGUAUUCCAUCACGACAGUGUUUCGAUAGCUGUCGGUCGUCAAUUGAAAAUUACUUACAAUCAUUUACGUGAUAGAUCGAAUUAUGGUAUUUACAAUGAUACAUGUUUCAAAUUGAUCAAGAUAAAAUGAAAGUUAUAUUAAUCGAUUAAACCUAAUGAACAAUCUUGUGUAUUAUGUUUUAUGCUGGCAUAAAUACAAAUGCGUAAUGUGUGCUAA